AUGGCUAUGGAUGCGCUUAAAAAUCUUGUCAAUAACGUUCCGGACUGGCUACAGCGACUUGACGACCUCAGUGGCCAGAUCGACCGACGCCAGGCCGAGCUGGCCGCUGUUGCUGCCGCAGAGGGCAAAAGUGCGGAGACAAAGUCGCUUCGCAACAAAGGCUCAACCGAGUCACUCAAGCCUAAAGAUGAUCCUCCAGUAGUUCACGCCGAGGUCCCAGCGAAUGAGGACAUCCUCGAAGAUGGCGUAGGUGACAACAUAGCACAGACACCAGUCAAGCCCGAGACACCCAAGGUGCAUACCCCAAGCCCUGGUUCCAUUCGUCAGCAACAAGAGAUCAUCAAAGCCGCACAAGCCAGAGCACGAGCUCAGGUUAGGAAGAAGCCUAAGUCGCCAUCUAUGAUGUCUAACGAAGACGCCCCUACCGCUUAUCGAACACGGAGCAUGAUCAUUGUCUACUAUGAUAGCUAUGUUCAGAGCUUCUUUGACGAUCUUGUGAGGUUCGUCUCGUCAAGUCGAAACCUGAUGCGCAAAGCCAAGAUGGCCGCAAGAGUUGCCCAGAUCAAGAAACUUGCGGAGCAAGACGUAUCAGAGGAUGGAAGUAAUGACGACGCUCUCCCUUCACUACGAUACAUGAGCAGCAGGCGAUUCGGUCCUAUGUCAAUAUCUCGACCCGGUGCUGGCGACCAACCACCAGAUGUAUACGAUAAGCUGGAUAAGGGCCUCGAAUUUGUGCAAAGCAUGUGUGAGCACGGUGCUCAUCAGUUCCUUCGCGAUGGCGACUGUAACGACGAGAUCAGCAAAGUACAGAAACGACUGACUGAGGUUCUCGAGAUGGCCAAAACAGAAAUGGAGCGCGUAGAGCGCGAAGAGCCUGAACUAGCAAAGGAAACAGGCGAGAUGGGCAAAGUCCGGACACGGCGGCCCAUAAGUAUGCGCCGCGACAUGGCCGUUGGCUUGAAGGAAAGCAGCCCGACACCUACCAAGGAGGAGAACAAGUUGGAGCCCGCAAAGCUCGAGGCCGCCGAACCUAUUAUCCCAGCAGAUCCCAUGGCACCUAUGGCUGUGGAUCCAAAUAUCAUGGAAGCCGACGAGGGCAUCGAUGUCGAAAUGGAACUUCCCAAACUGCAAUAUCGAUCAACCCGGGCGAUGCGCAGUCGUGGACCAUAG